UCGCCGCUCCCGGUUGUAGCAGCUGGUAAACAACCCAACAUGCUCCCAUACACCAAAGUAGCAAUUAUUGGCUGAGAAACACCGCUGAUCUGCUUCUGUUUCGUCAGUUAUUGACAUUAAUUGGCCUGGACGAGGAUAAAAUAUCAGUGCAUGUUCGAGUGCUGACACGAUCAGUAUUGUGUACUGUGUAUUGUACGAGAUCAUAGUGCAUAUUUUCGGGGGCGCUGUACCGUGGCUGAAGCCCACCCAGCCGUCAAUUGUGUUGUGCUAUGUGCGUGUAUCAGUCGUGUUGUGUUAGCAGUCGCUCGCGCCGCACUCUCUUGAAAAUGACAUCAAGUUAAGCCCAGUGUGUUCGUGCGUUCGCGUGCGUUCGAAAUGUGUUGCACGAGAUUCAGUAAUUACAUAUUCCGUAGUGUCGUGAAGUACACAUGUGGACUUGCCAGCAGGGAAAGCGACGCCGAUAUGUCGCUGAAGCAGGGCAGCGGCACCGGCAAGGUCCACUUUGGUGGCCUAGACGAUGUGUCCUUGUACGGCACGCCGGUGGAACCAGCGCCGCCAGCGCCCGACGCCAAGCAAGGCUUCCUCCGCAACCAGCUGCAGGCCCUCUUCCAGCCGACAGACAACAAGCUCGCCAUGAAGCUGUUCGGCUCCAAGAAGGCGCUGAUGAAGGAGCGGAUCAGACAGAAAGCGGCCGGCCACUGGGUCAUACAUCCAUGCAGUAGUUUCAGAUUCUACUGGGACUUAUGCAUGCUGCUGCUCUUGGUGGCGAACCUCAUCAUCCUGCCAGUUGCCAUCUCCUUCUUCAAUGACGACCUCAGCACGCGCUGGAUUGCCUUCAACUGUCUCUCUGACACCAUAUUCCUUAUAGAUAUCGUUGUUAAUUUUAGAACAGGAAUAAUGCAGCAAGAUAAUGCAGAACAAGUGAUAUUAGAUCCCAAGUUAAUAGCGAAACACUAUUUGAGGACAUGGUUCUUCCUUGACCUCAUCUCUAGUAUACCACUAGAUUAUAUAUUUUUGAUCUUCAAUCAGGUAAACGAUUUUAGCGAAAGCUUUCAAAUUCUCCACGCGGGACGAGCGCUACGGAUACUGCGGCUAGCCAAGCUGCUGUCGCUAGUGCGACUGCUGCGGCUCUCCAGGCUCGUCCGAUAUGUGUCCCAAUGGGAGGAAGUAUAUAUCUUGCAGAAUCUUCAAAAAAAGCGCACGGAACGGAGGGGGCGCCUCAGCUCCGACGUUGCCAAAAAGAAAAGUGACACCAAAAGCAAUCUGAUCUUCAAGUUCCUCAACAUGGCAUCGGUGUUCAUGCGGAUAUUCAACCUAAUCUGCAUGAUGCUGUUAAUCGGCCACUGGUCCGGUUGCCUUCAGUUCCUCGUUCCUAUGCUGCAAGGAUUCCCAGCCAACUCAUGGGUCGCGAUAAAUGAACUUCAAGAAGCAUUCUGGCUGGAGCAGUACUCGUGGGCGCUAUUCAAAGCGAUGUCGCAUAUGCUGUGCAUCGGCUACGGCCGCUUCCCGCCGCAGUCGCUCACCGACAUGUGGCUGACGAUGCUGUCCAUGAUCUCCGGAGCCACCUGCUACGCGCUGUUCCUCGGCCACGCGACCAACCUCAUCCAGUCACUCGACUCCUCGCGCAGGCAGUACCGUGAAAAGGUGAAACAAGUAGAGGAGUACAUGGCGUACCGCAAGCUUCCCAGGGAGAUGCGGCAACGGAUCACCGAGUAUUUCGAGCACCGGUACCAGGGCAAGUUCUUCGACGAGGAGCUGAUCCUGGGCGAGCUGAGCGAGAAGCUCCGCGAGGACGUGAUCAACUACAACUGCCGGUCGUUGGUCGCGUCCGUGCCCUUCUUCGCUAAUGCCGACUCGAACUUCGUGUCCGAUGUCGUCACCAAACUACGCUACGAAGUCUUCCAACCCGGCGAUAUCAUAAUAAAAGAAGGCACCAUAGGCAACAAGAUGUACUUCAUCCAGGAAGGCAUCGUAGACAUAGUGAUGGCGAACGGCGAGGUCGCGACCAGUUUAUCGGACGGGUCGUAUUUCGGCGAGAUCUGUCUCUUGACCAACGCGCGCCGCGUGGCGUCCGUGCGCGCUGAAACUUACUGCAACCUGUUUUCAUUGUCCGUGGACCACUUCAACGCUGUAUUGGACCAGUAUCCGCUGAUGCGGCGGACUAUGGAGAGCGUGGCGGCGGAGCGGUUGAACAAGAUCGGGAAGAAUCCUAACCUGGUGGCGCAUAGAGAAGAUGAUACUACAUCGGAGGGGAAUACGAUCAAUGCUGUGGUGAACGCUUUGGCUGCGGAGGCGGAGCAUGUGAGCCUGAGCGACGACAGCGUGGCGCGGCUCAGCGAACGCUCGCUGGGCCUGGCGCUGCAGCCGCUGCAAGCCGCCUCGUGCCGCAUGGCGGGCGUAGCCUUGCCGGGAUUAGGAGUGGCCGCAGCAGCGCUGCCCCGACCGAAAUCCGAGCACGACUUCAGCUCCGCGCAGGCGCCGGCGCUGUCCGCCAGCGGCGCCGCCUUCCACAAGUCCGACGCCGGCAUCGCGCCCUGACGCCGCACCCUGUGCUAGGCCCGGCCACAGCACUGUCCCAGGCCCGGCCUAGGCCGACCCGCGGACCAGGCCCGGCCUACGCCGCGGCCGACCGAUAGCAAUACUAGGCUUAGUGCGAGCCCUGCGCCCGCGGCGCCGCCUCGCUAGUUGUAGCGUAGAGUAUUAGCUGCGACUUCGCCGGUAGUGACGUGCCGAGUCGGUUGAGGAAUCGAAUCCUGACUCGACGAUUCGCAUCCUAACAUCGAUACUCGAGUACUGGCAUCACAACUUUUGAAAUUUCGUUUGUUAAGUAGCAUAGCAACUGGUGAUAUAGUAACGAAUUGCCGCGGUCGAUGAGAAUGAGUCGAUUCUAGUAGUCGAGUGAGUCGAUGGUCGCUGGGAGGGAGGGGCGAGUCGGGCUCGGCACGCGCUGCAGGCCGGGCGCGCACGCACAGCGCCGCCCGCUGAAUCUCAUUUUGUGAUCUUAUACUUAAUUCUCCUGUGUUAUAAUUUAGGUUAAAUUUUAUAUCAUUGACGCUGUGAGGGAUCGAAUACGACGUAUUGCGAUUGUAUAGAUAUACCUGUUAUAUAUUGAGAAUGAUACUAUUGAAUCUUUAUAGAGAUACCUUGCCAUUAAAAGAGAAAAUAAUUAUAUAGACUAGACUGAAAUGUAAAGAUAUCACUAUUUUAUGCUUUGUUGGCGUAUGAAAUAGACCUCUAUUGUUGAUGCGGAUCCGAUCGCGGAUGUAUAAUGUCGGGUGUAUAAACGUUCCUGAUAAACACGAAUCGGAGAUAUUAUAUUUGAAGUUGUUUAAGUACAUGAUAACGAUUAGGAGUUGGAUCGUGGGAAGUGAAGGGCGUGAAACGUCGCUGCGUGGCGCGGGUAGGUGGUGAAUCUGUCUUUGCUAACAUCUUGGCCCUACCCACAAUCGCGAAGAAUGCCAUUAGUUAGUUCGAUCUUGGCAGUUCGAUUAUUUCGAUAAUGUUUUAGAAAAUUAACAUCACUCGAAAGGACUAUAUUUUAGAAGCUUCUGUAACACACACUUUUAACCUUGUUUAUAAUCGGCAUAAUGUCCUUUUUCGAAUACUUACAAACGAACUGCCAAGAUCGAAAUUAAAGUUGAACUACCUACUUAAGUCUAUGAUUAUUCUAAGCAAAAAGUGAUUGUUAACAUAUUACAGGUAAAUAAUUGAAAUAAAUAAAAGAUACAAUGUUUGCAGGCUUAAGUAGACAUAAUUGUUAAUAACAAUUUUUUUAGAUAACAAAAAUCAACGCUAAUACAAAUUGUUUAUUCAACAUUUAUGAAAGUUACGCGGGAAAUACAAAAAAGUUUAUAUUUGUUGACUAAAAAUAAGGUAGAGUCGCCCACGCCGCGACGCUUGACGCGGCCUGCACUGCGACGCACAACUGACGAGCCUCACGCGACUCAUAGCACACGGUUGCUUUCUUCAUUUUAAUUAUAAGUAGUCAUAUCUACCGAUAACGGACAUAAUUAGCGCAAACAAUUCUCUCGGUUUCCUAAGUAGAGGAUCAGUAGCGCUUCGAAUCUUUUGAGAGUUUCUUUGUAAAUAUUGUAAUGUCGAGUAGCGUUGUCGAUUCGUCGAUAGCACACCAUCGGUAGAUGGUCGCGUAAAUUGGCUAUGCUAAGGCAGACCGUGAUGGGUCCGCGUAGCGUAGCGCCAUUGCCUUCGGCAUCGAUUGACCAAUCGUGCCUCACAUUGCUCAACUAUCGAUAGUGGGCUAUCGAGCGACAGCACUGUCGAGGACUGUGCGAAGUGUAACUUGUAAGCGGCCGCCCGGAGCGGUCCAGUCAAUUAUUCCGCCGCGGGACUCCUUCUCGGUUCUCGAUGCACACUUCAUACCUUGUUUUAAUUGUAGGUGAAAAUAAUUUAUUGUCGAUAGCGAUCAUUUCGUAGGAAUAAGUAGGCCGGAGCGUUAACAAAUUCGGACGAAUUACGUUGUGAUAGAGCAGCGGUCAGCUGCGGCGCGCCCCGGCCGCCGGCUCGGCGACUCGUAGAGAUAGUAGUGCGCAUGACUACAUGCUUCUUACACACGAACUUUGGUCUAUCAUUUACUUGUCUUCUUCUACGAUAACCACCUUAGUUUACAACUCCGACUACUCGACAGCUUACGCAACCGCUUACGAAGUUUUAAAUAAUUUUAAGUUAGAAUAAAUUAGAUAAUAUGAGUAACAUAUCCUAGCGAGAGACCACCGUCCCGAGCCGGCCGCCGCCGGCGCAUCUUUUGGCACGAUCAUCGUUGACUAUUUCUUAUAGUGUCAUGACAAUUUGUAAAGAAGGUUUUGCAAAUGUUGACUUUUUAGCCAAAAUAUAGAUAAUGAACGACGAACCAAUACGCAGUAGCUUACUUGUAGAUGAACGCAGCCUAGGUCUCAGUUUGGCGACUAACACCAAUAGUUACUUUGUACUGGUAAGAUAUUUAUAUACAAUUGGUCUUAGCAGAGUGACUAUCUGUCAAUUUAUCUACAAAAGAGAUAUUAUUGCGUUUAAUCCCCAGAAGCAUUUAUUUACUGUUGUUUUAUCUAUCUACCUAACAUUACUGCUUUUGUAAAUUAUAUAAAUUUUAUAGAAGAGAUCUAUUUUUAUUGUGAAGUUGAUCUACUGGAUGUAAGAGAAACCUUUAUGAAACCAAAUGUUUUUUUGAAAUCUGGACUGUUAUUUAUUGAAUAUUUUACUGAUUUCUGGUAUCUAAUUUCACCAAAAGUGCUCAUCGCUGUCAAGAAAAUUAGAGAAAAUGCAUUAAAGAAUGAAGAAAACCG